AUGUUUGUUCUCGCUCCUUUGUUGGAAAUACCGACUUCGGAAAAGAGUCGCAGGUUCCUCGAAUUACUUUCCAAAGUUGCAGUUGAGACUCGCCGAGAUGAGCUAGGAUGUAAAGCUUACGGCUGGUUUACCAAUGCCGAGCCCACUGAGGCCAUUCCAGGACACUGGCUUCGGGGCUUUGAAGUGUUCGCCCUUCUCCCCUCUCCCCCAAUAACCAAAAAUCCCUUGCUGACCGACAGCUGGUUUAGAUAUGAGACCCCGGCAGACAAUCGAGAAAAGCACCGUGCAGGCCAAGCCUAUAAAAAUUUCCGUGAGGCGGUCUUGAGCGAGGGUCUGCUCCCUGAAUAUCCGGAUAUGCGUUUCUGGUGCCCUACAGGAGCCGGGUUUCUUACUCGCACGCCCGUAGAAUUUAAGAGCAGCGGAGAUCCGUCGGCGGGAUACAUCGUCAUCCAGGACCUAACGCUGGACAAUUCAGCUGCUAAGGCCAAGGCGGUCGACAAGCUUAAUGCUUUUGCCAAAUCUGCCGAGGCUAGCAUAGAAAGCUUUUACAUCCUCGAGAGGGAGAAUGCUAAGGAUGGCGAUGACUUGAUUGUAUUUGCGAGAUUUGAUUCGGCCGAAAACUACGCAUCCUGUCGCGCUACAGAAGCUGGCCAAGCAUGGAAAGCUGCCGAGGCAAUCGCCAAGUCCGUGAGGACUACGCAGUGGAAUGAGAGCGGCGUUGGAUUCUUGGGACGACCAUAG